AUGAUCGGGGCAGCAUCAGAGCUGGUUCUGUCGGUGUUCCUUGUGGUUCUUCUGACUGGUACGGCACUCGUGGCAAACGGGUGCAUCUUCGCCGCUUACUGCCGCAACACCAACCUUCGCACCGUGGACAAUUACCUUUUCAUGUUCCUUAGCUCUGCCAACGUCGUGGUGGGACUGUGCUAUCCUCUUCAGUGCCUCGUGGACUUGGGGAUCCUCAACUACCGCGCGGCCUGCCUGCCCCUGGCCUGCGUGCUCCUCGUCGUGGGCUUUCUCAUAGCGUGGACCAUCGUCGGCUUGACCGUGGAGCGGUACCUAAACAUCCUGCAUCCGUUCGCCGCUCGCACGAUCCUGACGGAGAAGCGCGUCCUGUGUAUCGUCUGCUUCAUCUUGUUUUAUGCCGCGGUGACCGGCGCAGUCGUUCCGCUGGUGAUUACCUCCGCGAAGUCCAACAUUUCGCCGGAGGUGGCCGCCAACGGGACCGCUUCGGGGCUCAACGAAUGCCGUCUCGCCAAUCUGGUUCCGUCUCGUAAUUAUCGUUACUUCUACCUGGCCAACCGAGUGGUGGCCAUCCCGUUGUUCUUCGGCAUUUACCUGAGAAUCUUCCUCGUAGCACGGAGACACGUGCGAGCCAUCGGCGUGCAAGUUCCUGCUCCUGCCAGCCAAGAUGGGCCGUCCAACUACCAGAACGGCACCGGUAAUGCCGCGGGUGGCACCGGCAACACCCAGCGGCCGGAGAGGCACUCCAAGGCCGGCUGGCGACGGCAGAUCCGGCUGACACUGCUGGUCUUUGCCAUCGCGCUCUACCAGAGUAUUUGCUGGAUCCCCCAGACCCUCUUGCUCAUUCAACACCAGUCACCCCCGUCAAUCUACUACACCCUGACGCACUUCGUCACAUUCAGCACCUCGGCGACUUACCCCAUCAUCUACGGCCUGGGAAAUCGAGACUUUCGUAAGGCGUUGACUAACCUGUUUGGUUGCAGUAACCGGCUGAACCGCCCGAGAGGAGGCGAAAUGGUGUCGAUGAGCCCUGAGGGCAGGGGAGGAUCUAGGCGCACUGUCUGCACGAUUCCCGACAAUGGUGAGCCGUGA